ACCUGUGGAGAUGACAGCACCAGCUAAACAACAUCCUGCCCAGGAGAGACCCUACCUUUGUGGCUGUGGAGGCCCAGAGGACUGGAAUGAAAUUGACUCUAUUAAAAAGAAAGAGCUUCAUCACAGCAAUGGAGAUGAGAAAGCACAGAGCGUGGAGACCCUCCCUCCAGGGAAAGUACGGUGGCCAGACUUUAACCAAGAAGCCUAUGUUGGGGGGACAAUGGUUCGCUCUGGGCAGGACCCCUACGCCCGCAACAAGUUCAACCAGUUGGAGAGUGAUAAGCUGCACAUGGACAGAGCCAUCCCUGACACCCGGCAUGACCAGUGCCAGAGGAAGCAGUGGAGGGUAGAUUUGCCAGCCACCAGUGUGGUGAUCACAUUCCACAACGAAGCCAGAUCGGCCUUGCUGAGGACAGUGGUCAGUGUGCUGAAGAGAAGUCCACCCCAUCUCAUAAAGGAGAUCAUCUUGGUGGAUGACUACAGCAAUGACCCUGAGGACGGGGCCCUCUUGGGAAAAAUUGAGAAAGUUCGGGUCCUGAGGAAUGAUCGCCGAGAAGGCCUGAUGCGCUCCCGGGUCCGUGGUGCCGAUGCCGCUCAGGCCAAGGUCCUGACCUUCCUGGACAGCCACUGUGAGUGUAAUGAGCACUGGCUGGAACCACUGCUGGAGCGGGUUGCCGAGGACAGGACUCGGGUGGUGUCGCCUAUCAUCGAUGUCAUCAACAUGGACAACUUUCAGUACGUGGGGGCCUCUGCUGACCUGAAGGGCGGGUUUGACUGGAACCUCGUGUUCAAAUGGGAUUACAUGACACCAGAGCAGAGGAGGUCACGGCAAGGGAAUCCAGUGGCCCCCAUCAAAACUCCCAUGAUUGCUGGUGGGCUGUUCGUGAUGGACAAGCUCUACUUUGAAGAGCUGGGGAAGUACGACAUGAUGAUGGAUGUGUGGGGAGGAGAGAACCUGGAGAUCUCCUUCCGCGUGUGGCAGUGUGGUGGCAGCCUGGAGAUCAUCCCCUGUAGCCGUGUGGGACAUGUGUUCCGGAAGCAGCACCCCUACACCUUCCCAGGCGGCAGUGGCACUGUCUUUGCCCGCAACACCCGCCGGGCAGCAGAGGUCUGGAUGGAUGAAUAUAAGAACUUCUAUUAUGCAGCAGUGCCUUCCGCCCGAAAUGUUCCGUAUGGGAACAUUCAGAGCAGACUGGAGCUCAGGAAGCGGCUUGGCUGCCGGCCCUUCCAGUGGUACCUGGAGAAUGUCUACCCAGAGUUGAGGGUUCCUGACCAUCAAGACAUAGCUUUUGGGGCCUUGCAGCAAGGGACCAACUGCCUCGAUACAUUGGGACACUUUGCUGAUGGUGUCGUUGGAAUUUACGAGUGUCACAAUGCUGGGGGAAACCAGGAGUGGGCCUUGACGAAGGAGAAGUCAGUGAAGCACAUGGACUUGUGCCUUACAGUGGUGGACCGGGCGCCUGGGGCCCUCGUCAAGCUGCAGGGCUGCCGGGAGAACGACAGCAGACAGAAGUGGGAGCAGAUAGAGAGCAACUCCAAGCUGAGGCAUGUGGGCAGCAGCCUCUGCCUGGACAGCCGGACGGCCAAGAGCGGGGGCCUGAGUGUGGAGGUUUGCGGCCCAGCCCUCUCGCAGCAGUGGAAGUUCUCGCUCAAUCUGCAGCAGUAGCAGCCCAGCCCAGAGCCCACGCCUACAGCCGAACCACUGGCCAAGCUGGUAAUCACAUUAUCGAUUAUGUUUCUUAAACUUUCCGCGAAACUAUAUACCUCAGUAUUCCAUCAUGGUCUGAAGCCGGAGAGCUCCAGCGAGGCGCAGCUGUGCUGACAGACUCAACGGCGGCCAGGAGUCCGCCCCUCUGCUGGGGCCCAGCUGGCCCCUCCUGUGGCCGCCCUCCUCCUUCUCCUCUUGCUCAGUAGCCAGGAGCCACCUGGCUGAGGCACACAGUGGAGGAGCAGCUCUGUGUGUGU